GAAUCUCCCUCUCCAACUGGACGACGGGAAGGUGCGAGCUUAUCAGAAUGGCCUCUUCAUCAUUCUGCAGACUGACUUUGGUUUGGAGGUGACCUAUAACACCGUCUCCAUGGUCAGAGUGGAAAUGCCAUCCUCUUACAAAGGCGUACUGUUGGGCCUCUGUGGCAACUACAACGACAACCCAGCUGAUGAUUUUGCCCUACCCAAUGGUACCGAGGCCCUUUCAGCUGAAGACUUCGCCAAGGGCUGGGUAGUGGCUCAGGAGGGUGUGAAAUGUCAGACAGGUUGUGGUUCUCAGUGUCCCACUCCCCCGCCAGACAAGCAGGAGGAGUCCAAAAAGUUGUGCGAAAUCUUGAAAGACAUUAAGGGUCCAUUUUCGAAGUGCCAUACAACUGUUCCCCCACAAGAAUACUUCAAUAAAUGCGAAAAAGACCUUUCAGACCAGGGGGGGAGUAAAGAUGUCCUCUGUCAACACUUGCAAAACUACGUUGCUGUCUGCCAGGAAUCUGGGGCUUCGGUUGACAGCUGGCGAAAUGAAACAUUCUGUCCUAUGAAGUGCCCAAAGGACAGUCAGUAUGAGCUCUGUGCUGACACCUGUUCCACUACCUGUGCCAGUCUAACUACACCUCAGAAGUGCUCACACUGCCAGGAGGGAUGUGAGUGCGUGGAUGGAUUUGCAUUUGACGCAGGGACGUGUAAGCCAUUUGGGAAAUGUGGAUGUGUGGCUGAUGGACAAUAUUAUAAGUCUGGGGAGGCGGUGGUGAGGGAAGACUGCACAGAGAAGUGCACCUGUGUAGAUGGUGUGUUUUCAUGCGAGCAAACACAGUGCACAGCAGAACAGGUCUGUGAUAUCAGGGGAGGAGUAAGGAACUGCUAUCAACUGGACCCUUGUGAGGCAAAGAAGUGUCGUGAAAAGGAGAGGUGCGUCACAAAUGGCACCAAUGUCCAGUGUGUGGCAGAGUCCAAGGCUACUUGCUGGGUCAUGGGGGAUCCGCACUACCGGAGCUUCGAUGGAAAGCUUUUCUCUUUCCAGGGCAAGUGCAUAUACACCCUGGCUCAAACGACAGGUCUGGACGACACUCUGACUCCUUUCAGCAUUGUGACUGAAACCGAGAUGGAAAAUCUGCACAGAGGCUCCUACGUAAAGACCGUAACCAUCAGCAUUGAAGGUGUCAAGAUCGUUGUUGUCUAUCAGGAUCCUGGCACAGUGGUGGUUAAUGGCUCCAUUGUUAAGCUCCCUCUUACUCUCAAGUCUGGGAAAAUCAGAAUUACCCAGAAGUCCUACCAGGGUUUCAUCAACACAGACUUCGGAGUGGAUAUUGUCUUCGACUGGGGGGAGGUCUUACAGGUCACUGUGCCUAGCAGCUACCACAACAAUCUUGAGGGCAUGUGUGGAACCUACAACGGUGACCAAGCAGAUGAUUUCUCCAUGCCCGAUAGCACCCCCCUCACCAACCUUACCAAGUGGGCAGAAGCCUGGAGCCUCCCUGAGUCCAACAGCACCUGCUGGCACUCCUGCCAAGGUCAAUGCCCAGUCUGUACAGCAGAGGACGAGGCGCUCUAUAAAGAAACGGAUUACUGUGGCGAGAUCGAAGAGAAAAACGGUGCAUUUUCUACCUGUCAUGCCAAGGUCCUGCCAGGGAAGCUGCUAGAUGACUGCCUUUACAACAUGUGCAUCCACGACGGAGACAAGGGGAUGCUCUGCAGGGUCAUGACCAAUUAUGCCAAAAUCUGCCAGAUGAAUGGUGCAGAGAUUUCUAAACAGUGGCUGAAGAAACUCGGCUGCUAAGUCUGAAGAGAAGGGGCUGAGUCGCUGAAGAAGAUACUGAAGGAAAUAUCUAGGUAUCUCUACACAGAAACCAAACUACAGCAUCAGCCAAGAAUACAACCGCAGCAAUUUUGCUCUCAUCCAGUAAAUGAGUAAAACAAAUAUAUC